AUGACAGAAUUUGAUUACCACAUCAGAGAGCUGCAAAUUGAGGACUAUGGCAGAGGAUUCAUUGACUGCUUGAAAGAGCUAACGAUUGUUGGUGAAGUAAGCCUGGAAAUGUUUCAAAAACGAUUUGAAGAACGAAAGAGACAAGGUGUUAUGACUGUAGUGGCAGUCGAUAACAAAACACUAAAAAUUCUUGGAACAGCCUCAAUGUUUUAUGAGCCUAAAUUCAUUCGAGAAUGCUCAGUAAAAGCAUAUAUUGAGGAUGUCUGCGUGGCCCCAUAUGCCCAGAAAAGGGGAAUUGGCAAGAGGCUGGUAAUGUAUCUGGAGGAAAAGGCAUUGAAGGACGGCUGCUACAAGGUUAUAUUAACCUGCAGUGAGAGCAAUAAACGGUUCUACCAGAAAAUGAAUUUCAAAAAGACUGAGGUGGCUAUGGCAAUAUACUCAAACACAUCACAAUAA